GAUAUUCUCGAAAUCGCCAUCUGUCGUACGAUGUUAAUUGCCGGAGCUUGGCACGAAUGGAACAAUCAUGUCUCUAAGCUCCUCGCCGCGGAUGGAUUCACAGAGGAGAAAUUGUCUGUCGUCAAACUGGUACACCUGACUUCUCAGGGUCCUUUGAAUGAUCGCCAAUGGGCCGCAUUGCUUUAUGCUGACUACAUAUCACGAGCGGUGUCGGUUCCAGACAGUAUAUUUGCCAAGUUGGAAGUGGCAGGAUUCAGUGAAAAGGAAAUAGUCGAACUCACUGCGACCAUUGCGACUUACAACAUGGUGGGCAGAUUCUUCGUUGCGCUGGAUAUCGCGGAAGCGAACGACAAGCCACCCCAGUGGCUCAAAUGA